CCUGAAAAGUACACGUAAUUUACAACUCAACUCGUCGAACUUUGAACUUCAAAAGAUUCAAAUCAGCUUUGACAUACAACAACAGCGAAAACGUGUAGUUGGGAGUGGAAAAGUCUGAAGAAACAAUUGAAACAAGCAUGACAUCCAGGUGCUGUAGGAAAGCGAGAGCUGCUCUCUGCGGGGGGCCUCUGGAUUACGAGUUUGCCACCAACACCACCUGUCACGGUGCAGCUAAGAUCGCCAACGCACACAACCGGGUCCACAGGCUACUGUGGGUGCUGGUCUUCCUGGGGUCGUUUUCCGUGUGCGUGUGGUGGAUAGCCGACAGGGUGGGGAACUACUACGGGUUCCGCACAAACACCGAGAUCAGCCGGAGGUUCGAGGACAAGUUGAUCUUCCCUGCUGUCACUGUCUGUAACUUCAAUAGAUACCGUGCUUCCAAGGUUUCCAAUGACACUCUGGAACAUCUGUGGGAACUUCUGAACCUGCACACAGCGGUGGUCAACAAGGACAACGCCACAUACAAUGCCUCACUGUGUUGGAACACUCCACCUAUCAAUGCUACAGAGUUUGCAGACCUGACCAAACAGGCUGGUUUUCGGCUGGACGAGGACACACUGAUCAUGUGUAAGUGGAGGGACGAGGAUUGUCACCAAGAGGACUUCGAGCACCACUUCACUCCGUAUGGAAACUGCUGGACGUUCAACUGGAACACCAGCUCUGCACGGGCACAGCCGACUGCCGGGGAGGGGAACGGGCUCAGGAUGCUCAUUAAUAUUCAUGCUGAUGAGUACACAGAGCCUGCCAACCUAGACUCGAUGGACGUGGGACUGAAGUUUUUGGUUCACGACCAGCAUGACCCGCCUAAAAUGGACUCUGAGGGACUAGCAGUGGCAGCAGGGACACACGUGUACACAAGCAUCGUACAGCAAAAGUAUAUCAAUGAAAGAAAGCCGUGGGGCCAGUGUGUUCCUGAGAAGACCCUUCAGUACUUUGACAGGUACUCACUGACUGGCUGUCUGCUGGAGUGCAGGGCGAGAAGACUGAUGAACAGUUGUAACUGUCUACCUGCCAGUCUACCAGGCCCUGCCGAUAUGCCGCAUUGUUCACCGAUACAGCUGGGGACCUGUGCUUAUGAAGAACUAGCUAAGUUUGACCAGGGAGAAGAAGAGGUGGGGUUGUGCAACUGUAGCGUCCCUUGUGAAGAGACAAAGUACCAAGUCAGCCUGUCCUACUCCACCUGGCCUAAUAAAGAUGCACCACGGCUCUUCAACAGAUCACUGCAAGAUCUACGAGAAAAUUAUGUGUCGAUGGAUAUCUUCUACCAAGACCUGAAUUAUCAGACCUUUCAGCAGUUUCAGACAGUCACAGUACCAGGGAUGAUCAGUGACAUUGGCGGCCAACUUGGGUUUUUCCUGGGAGCAAGCAUCAUCACACUGUCAGAGUUCCUGGAGUACCUCAUCCUAAAACUCAUUGUGCACAGGUACGGUGCAGAGCAAGAACAGAACGUAGAGGAUCCAGGGAAUAAAGACAAACACUGUGAAAAAGAAGGACUGGGAGUCAAAAACACUGACCCUGGUCAAGAUUCUGACCAGCUGCAAGCUGUUGUAGUCAUCCCAAGACACAGAACUGGGAGCUACACUGAGGCUGUUGAUACUUUUGAAAGAAAUACUUUUGAAGAAAAUCAUUUAGAUGCACAAUCUAAUAUUUCUCGUGUUUUUUUUAAUGUUAACCAGUAUUCAUUGUCAGGUUUUCCUCAAGAGCAAUUAACUGAUCAGUCAAGACGAAACAUCAGUUUGUAUCCAUUUAUUCAAGACACUUGGGGUAAGCAGAAUCACAUUGGCGGAACAAAAGACUUGUGUAAGUUGUAUGACAUGGAAAAUGGUUACGGAUAUCCACUACUACAGCAGCAGAGACAUGUAACAACUUACGUUUGAUGAGGCCUUGUGUCGAGCUUGUUCCAGAUUCUAUGAAUCAGAAGUGGACUUUUGACUUUGUUGAACCAUUGCACUACUAGAGUAGACAUUGCUGUAUUACCUGUGAGGAAUGCAUUCUCUUUUUAAACUCCAGCAAUAGACAUAAGAUAUUAAGUGGUUAGUGGUAUGAAUUGCAAGUAAUCAUUUUCAACACUAUAGCACAUCUAAAUACAUGGAAUAUUCACUUUCUUUAUAGUUUACAACCAUUUGUUCAUACUACAUGUAGUUCAAUCUUCAGUAUUUGUAAAAAAUCCAUGUCUUUCUUGUAAAGCUAUUACUAACCAACCAACCAACCAACCACAAUGAUCACAUACUUGAUUUGAAUGCAACAAUUUGGAAGGCAAAACAACUACUGGUGUCCUACAUUUCAUGCAUAUCAAAACAAAUCAAAAUACUUUUGAUUUUAUUGUGUUUGCAACAUUUUUGUACGAAAGCGUCAUGUAGUAUUGCUGACUAAGCCUGUAGCCAAGUAAUACAAUCUUGUGUCAAAAAGCUAGCUCAGCAAAAAGAAUGUUAAUCAGCAGUGUCGAUACUAAAUAGUUCUGUCAUAAAAAAAUGCAAGUUUGAGAAAUUUCUAAACUAAAUAAUCAUAUAUGAAGACCCUUGUUGGAAAGAGGUGCUUUGUUAAACAGUGGAAUGACUUUUGAAAA